AUGGUGGCCACAAAGGCAGGCAAAGCCAAGGGGUGUGGUGUUGGAUGGGAGGUGCUGACCACGCUGGGGUUCCUGGCAACAGGGGCCUUCCAGCGGGAGCUGGCCGAUCGGUCAGGAGUGUGCCAGUCCACCCUGAGCCGACCCAUGCCAGCUGUGUGGGACGGAAUCAUCCGAAUGUCAUCCAGCAUGGUUGGGAACAGGCUGGAGGCUGGCACUGUGCGCGAUGGGUGGCUUCUGGGGGACCGUGGCUACCCCCUAAGAACGUGGCUGAUGACCCCUCUUACAAACCCCAACACCGACCAAGAGAGGAGGUAUAAUGACCUCCAUUCCCGGACGAGAAUAAUUGUGGAGAGCGCAAUCGGCCUGCUGAAGGGACGGUGGCGAUGCCUGGACAGGUCGGGGGGGAUGCUACUGUACAGACCUGAGAAGGUGUGCCACAUUGUGAUGGCCUGUGGCGUCCUCCACAAUGUGGCACACCGCCAUGGCAUACCACUGCCAGAGAAGCACAACCCCCCACUGGAGGAACCGGAUGCCGGACCCGUCAACUGCAACCCACCCCGAGGAGCCAUACGGGCCCGGCAGAAUGUGACUUCAAGCAUGUAA